UACUGUUUUCUGAUAAUGGGGCUAAAACGUUGAUAUUUAUAUGCAAAAAUGUUUUGUUUGUCUUUCAUUCAUAAUCAUUUUAAUUCUUUUUAGGGACCAUCUUGUUUGUCUCUGGUCAGAGCACUUUGGGUGUUAGACUACCAAUAGUUCAAGGAGGGACUGUUACUUUUGUUGUACCACCUAUAGGAAUUCUUCUUCAACUGCAAUAGGAAUGUGAGUACGUAACAGCUAGGAACCAGUAUGGACCAAAUCUAAAUUUAACUCAACUUGGGUUGCCGGAAAUAGGAAGUGAAAAACACCGUGAAAUGUGGAUGUUACGGAUACGUGAAAUACAAGGAGCUAUAAUUGUGGCCUCGCUGUUCCAAGUGCUUACAGGAGUAAGUGGUAUACUAACGUACAUGUUGAAGUAUAUAGGCCCUCUUUGCAUUGUGCCAAUCAUAACAUUAACAGGUAUUUCACUUUUUCCCGCCGGAUCCAAAAUGGCGUCUGGUCAUUGGUGGGUUGCCUUACUUACAAUGUUCCUCAUUACUAUAUUUAGCCAAUAUAUGAAACGAGUUGAAAUCCCCUGUUUGACAGCAACAGAUGUACUUCCGGCUGAUAAAACCAAAUGGGAUUAUAUGGCACGAACUGACACAAGUAUUCAUGUACUGGCUGAAGCUAAAUGGUUUCGUUUUCCUUAUCCAGGGCAGUGGGGUGUACCAAAAGUCAGCGUGGUUGGUGUAUUUGGAAUGCUCGCUGGCGUAAUAGCUGCCAUGAUCGAAUCCAUUGGUGAUUAUUACGCAUGCGCAAGACUUGCAGGUGCUCCUCCUCCGCCAUUACAUGCGGUGAACAGAGGAGUUUUCACAGAAGGUGUUGCAUGCGUUCUUGCAGGGAUUUGGGGAUCUGGAAACGGAACUACCUCUUAUGCUGAAAACAUAGGCGUAAUUGGUAUAACAAAAGUAGGCAGUAGACGUGUAGUCCAAAUCGGCGGGCUUAUGAUGCUAGUCCUUGGUUGUUUUGGAAAGUUUGCGGCACUGUUUACUUUAAUUCCAACACCUGUAAUCGGAGGAAUGUUUAUGAUAACUUUCGGUAUGGUGACGGCUGUAGGGUUAUCAAAUCUACAGUAUAUUGAUCUUAACUCACCACGAAACCUAUUUAUUCUAGGAGUUUCUUUAUUCUUCGGUCUUAGUCUUCCAAUGUGGAUUACAGAGCAUGACGUCAUCGAUACCGGAAAUGACAUCAUAGAUCAAUUAUUAUCCGUCCUUUUGAGUACCAGUAUGUUUGUUGGAGGACUCAUUGGUUUUGUGCUGGAUAAUACUAUUCCUGGAACUGAGAGGAAAGGGGAAUAUCUAUUUCACGCGUUUCGUUAG